AUGGUACAGAUAGAUGUUGAUGAGAGAACCCCGAUGCCCACUGGAACUUUGUAUCUUAAGACUAUCUCCCAUUGUCGCCAUGGGCCACUGCCCUGCCCAGCGUUAUUGUAUUGUAAGAACAGGCCAUAUCCAAACUCUCCCUUCUGCAGAGAUGUCCCUGGUGCCAAGAUCCACAUCUUUGACCUGGGGCAGAAUAAGGCAAAAGUGGAUGAGUUCCCACUAUGUGUCCACAUGGUGUCAGGUGACUAUGAGCGGCUCUCCUCUGCAGCCCUGGAAUCUGCCCAUAUAUGUGCCAAUGAGUACACGGUGAAAAGCUAUGGCAAAGAUGGUUUUCACAUCCAAGUGCGGCUCCACCCCUUCCACGUCCUCUGUAUCAACAAGAUGUCCCAUGUUGGGGCUGAUGGACUUCAGACAGGUAUGCGUUGGUGCCUUUGGAAAGCUCUGGGGCACCAGUGGCCAGCGUCCACCAUUGGCCAAGUCAUCAUGUCCACCUGUACCAAGCUGCAGAACAAGGAGCAUGUGAUUGAGACUCUACUCAGGGCCAAGUUCAAGCUCCCUGGCUGCCAGAAGACCCAUAUUUCCAAGAAGUGGGGUCUUACUAAGUUUAAAGUGGACAAAUUUGAACGAAUGGUGGCUGAAAAGUGCCUCAUCCCAGAUUGCUGUGGCAUCAAAUACAUACCUAAUUGUGGGCCCCUGGACGAAUGGCAGGCUCUGCACUCAUGGGAAACUCGGCAAUGCCCCAAUAAAUCCUACCUCCUGCAAAAAAAUAAAUAA